AUAAAACCGCCAUGGCAGAAGUGGCUCCCCCGAAAGCAUUUCUUGAGUACAGUGGCCCAGUGAAAGGGGUGAAAUACCCACUCCAAGUUCUGUAUUGUGGAGAUUGUGGUGUUCCAGUGGAAUAUUGUGAGAACUAUCCCAACUAUGAAAAAUGCAAGGCCUGGCUUGAGAAGAACAUGCCAUCUGAGUUUGAAAAGCUGAAAGUUGACAAAGGGGAGGGAGAGGAGGGGUCAGCAGAAAGCAGCAAAGAUCUGGCAGAAGGCGAGGAGAAAAAGAAGCGGCAGACUCGAGGAGGGAAGGCCAUGAUGAAGACCAAAAAGAAAGUGGAGCCGCAGGGCAUCAAAAUGUGGACACAGACAAGGGGCAAGAAGAAGAAGGUCACCAUAGUUGUGGGCCUUGCCUCUUACGAAAUUGACUUGAAGGAUGCAAGUAAAUUCUUUGCUGGCAGAUUCUCUUGUGGCUCGUCUGUCAGUGGUGAUGAUGAAAUUGUCAUUCAGGGAGAUGUGAAAGAUGACCUAUUUGAUAUUCUUCCAGAGAAAUGGAAGAUUAUUGAUGAGGACGAUAUAGACGACUGUGGGGAGAAAAAAUAGUUUCUGGUGUUUGGGGAUGUGUGCAUGUGUGUGUGUGACAUGAAGGUGUAGCGAGUUUCCAUCCUUGUGUUCUUGUGUAGGAAGGAAGAGAAAAAACAAUAAACUGCUGUGAUGCGAAAGUGGUCUAUUAUCAUUAUUAAAUUACCUCAGGCAGCUGUGCCAUAUUUCCCAGGUAUUGAAGAGAUUUUGUGGGGAGCGGGCGUAUGGUGUUAAAAAAACAAGACUUUCAUGUAGAAAAUAGAAAUAGAAGUGGUCGGUAUGAAACGUCUUUAAAAAUUCACUAGGAUGGAUAGUUUUUAUUUUGUUUUCAAUCAAAAGAUCUGGUUGCAUUGUGUGCUUAAAAUACUCCCUUCCUUUGAAUGUAAUAAAUGAUUAAUUUAUACACA